UAUGCUUCAGGCAUGGCAUGCGUGUACACCAAGACCUGUUGCAUCAAAGCUUUUUGCGGAUACACCUCUUCUUACAGGACAGCUUUGUCGUGUGCUUGAUGCAUCCCUUGGUUCUUGGAGGAACAUGUGCUAUUCCUGGUGCUUUUGGUUGUGGAAAAACUGUUAUUAGUCACGCACUUUCCAAGUACUCCAGUUCUGAAGCUGUGGUUUAUGUGAGAUGUGGUGAAAGAACAAAUGAGAUGGCUUGGGUUCUCAUGGACUUGCCCCAAUUGACAAUGACGUUCCCCAACAGACGUGAAGAGUUUGUCAUGAAGAGAACAACAUUGGUUUCUAACGCGUCUAACAUGCCUGUCGCUGCUCGUGAAGCCUCCAUUUAUACAGGAUGCUCUGUCAGCUUUUCGUUGAGAUUCUGCUAAUUUCAACAAGGAGUAACUUCAAGAAUUGGAGGGAGCAGUGUGUCUGGUCAAUAGGCAAGCAGUUCCCCCUGCUCCAUCGAAAGCUACAAUUGAAGAAGUUGUUGCACUACAAGCUGAAACGACCAAGUUAAUGUUUGAUCUUUUGUUACAUCGAUUUGUAAACCUUAAUGUCUAUUUGCUGCUUUCACAAGACUAAUUCACUGGUGGACGUUUAAUACUAUAUA